GUUUGAAAAUAAUUCGAGCGUCGUUGGUGCGUGGUCGCUUGGCGUUGUCGCGGUUCUUUGCGUUCUCCUUGUGUUGUUGUGGCAUUUUAGCAAUAAUUUGUGUGUGUUGUUUACAUUGAAAAAAAAUAUCAUCGGAGUCAAGAAAACAAAAUCAAUAUUCUUCUAAUGUCAUUUUUAUGAUAUCGCCCUGAUUGAUCAACAUGUCGACAAGAAGUGGUCGUGUGAGAACAAGUGCUAUUGAAACGAGUCCUAUUCGAACUCGUAAAGGUGUAUCGCCGCCGCGAUCCCCCGCCAGAACGCGAAAAACUUCUCCGGCGUCCAAAAGUUCCCCGGCGCGGAAAAGUUCACCCCCCGCGCGUUCAUCCCGGAAAUCUCCUUCACGAAAAUCGCCGAGUCGUAAGCCAGCGUCUAAAUUUCCCGCCCGAAAAUCGCCUUCAAGAACUACUAAAGAAACCGCGGAAACAGCCUCCCAGAAGUCACCAACUAAACGUCCGGCUAUAAAAACUGAUACCAAUGUUUCUGUAAAACUUGAAGACCUCUCAUCUAAGUUAGAAAUUUUCCGCAGCACUCGGUCCAAACGGACUGAAUAUUCUAUCAAGGAUGUCAUCUCUUCCACAUCAAAUGAUUUGCCCGAACUUGAGAAGGUAAAUGGUGUUGAUUCAAAUGAUUUGUUUGGUCUAAGAAAUCGUAAAUCUGUGGAAGAAGUACCUCCACGCAGAUCCAGUCGGUUGAAAGAGGUUAUGGACAAUGUGCCUGACAUAAGACGCAGUCUUAGCAAAUCUAUCAGCAAGUCGGUGAGUAAGUCGAUUAGCCAGUCUCUUGACACAUAUUCAGAUGAAGAGAUCUCUGAGGAAGAGUUGUUCAAGGAUAAAAUUAAGCCUGUCACCAGAAAACUUGCUACUCCUUUACGAGGCAGCGAGAGCAAACUUGUCCAGAUGGGCAGUCGGUGGGAGUUCGGUGGCAGAGUUGGAUCUGCAUUGCUAAUUAUUCUGAUUCCUCUUGUGGUAUUCGCGAUUUUAAUUUCAUGUAAAAAAUCUUGCUCAUUGAAAACUAUUUUGAAUAUAAACAAACAUAAGUCUAUUGGACAAUGGCUAACAGUACAUGCAGGAAUAUUCUCUUUAUGUCAAUAUUUGGUGCAAGCAAUAUUUGCGAUUGUACCAUUAUUUGGAACAAAAGCUGACAGAUUAGAUGAGACUGGCAAUAAAUAUUGUUUCAAUGCAUUUUUUGCCAGUGUGUUCACUGUGAAUGCACUUUAUCUAUUGGAUUUCUUCGAAAUGUAUGACAAAGAAGCCUUGUUAAAUGAGUACUUGCAGUUGGCCGUGGUAUCGUACAUAUUUGCCGUUCUACUCAGCUUGCUUCUGUAUGUAAAGAGCAGGAAUAUUGAUAGCACAGAACUAAACUUGUAUGGAAGUACUGGAUACAAACUGUAUGAUUUCUUCAUGGGACGUGAGAUUCACCCUUUUAUCAAGAAACUGGAUGUUAAAGUUUGGAUAUCAAGAGUGUCCAAUAUUAAUUCUCUUAUUCUAACAGCGUUGAUUUUUAAACAAGGAUUGCAAUAUGAAUACACAAAAGUUGAAGAUCAGAAUCUGUCCAUUGACAGUUUGAAAGUUAUGUUACAAAACAUGCAGACCAAACCAACCAUCCUGGUGUUCUCGUUGAUGCAACUGACUUACAUCCUAAACUUUGUUAUGAAGGAACACAAGGUCACAACAACAUUUUUCUGGCAAUCAGAAGGUGUUGGAUACCUCCAAGUCGUAUCCAGUGCUUUAUACCCAUUCUAUUUCACAUCAAUAUCUAAAUUUGUGGCAGACACUCAGUUAUCUCUGUCAACUAACAUCUUAAUCUCUGCUUCUGUACUAUAUGUGCUGGGAUUCUUCAUAAUGCUUAUUAGUAACAAUAUUAAACAUGAAUUCAGGACAAAUCCAUUACAACCCAGUAUGGCAAAUUUGGAUUCAAUGCCGACGUUCCAUGGUAAGAAGCUGCUGGUAUCGCGACUGUGGGGCUUGCUUCGGCACCCGAAUUAUGCUGGCGAUAUCUUGAUACACCUAGCGCUGGCGACGCCUGGUGUUGUGUCGGAGAACUACGUAGCUGCAGCGCCUGCGUUGCUGACUAUCUUGGUGUUGCUGCAUCGAGCGUGGCGGGACCACGCGCGCUGCGGCCGCCGGUACGGAGCCGCCUGGAACAGAUACUGCAAGAGAGUACCCUCCCUCAUCAUACCAAAGGUACUAUAAAAAACAAUUGACUUCCAACACCAAACGCUACGAACAAAUCGAAAUAUGCAUUUCAAACUACACCCAAUUAGAUGAUGUACUAGAUUGUAAUGUACAUAGUGAUUAUGUAUGAACAAAUAUUACGUUCAAUGUAUUAAUGAUGAGAUAAUAACUUAACUAUCUUAAGAGGGAUCUCGAAUAGUAAGUAGAUUGUUGAAAUGUUACAUAUUAUAUUAUGUGUAGUUAGUUAAUAUGAGAUUAAUGACAUUGCCAUAUAAACCACCGGAUAAAUUUUCGAAUACUAAAUUAGCUCUCUAAAUUUAGACAAAAUUGUUUUAUUAUUAUUUGUCUUUAGAUUAAAUUAUUUCUAUUAGGCUCAAAAUCUAGUAUUCCUCUUGAGUAAGGUGAAGGCAAUUUAAUUUUACAUGGAAAAAGUACCAUAGCAUAAGUAAAGAUAAAUUAUUUUAUGUGUUACAUUAUAAUGACAAUUCAAUUAUUUAAAUAUGAUAAAUUUAUCAUCUUGAGUUCAAUUUUACCUGUAAUUUAAAUAUAGCAUUUAGGUAUUAUGGUUGGUAUGAAUUUUAUAAUACCAAAAUCUCUACUUAAAAUCCUUCAGGAAAUGUUAUUAGGAAUUACAAAGUUCAUUUUGAUUUAAUAAUUAUUACAUAUAUUUGGGUGUUCCCAUAAUGAAUAAUAUAGAUGGUAAUUGUAUGGUAGGUAAAGAAGAAAUAAAGUCACACGGUUUUUAAUGCCAUGUAGUUAUAAUAUUGUAUUGUUAUAAAUAUAUUUAUUAGUAUGUAUUAUGUACUAUUGUGUGCCUCAUACUUUAAUGCUUUUAAAGCACAAAAUUAAAAUUAAAAGACAAAGAUAAUGUUGCUCAUAGAUCGAUUUUGAAACUUGUU